ACUCCUUGGGAAGUUGGGUUGUUGGGUGUGCUAUAUUCUGAGGGUCUGCUAGUCUGAGGGACUGGUAGGACUGCUGUUCAAAGGGACCGCUAUUCUGAAUUCUUGCAAAUUAUGUGCACGUCUUUGACACGAAGGUCAGUGUCCCAAUUGCACAACUAAUACAAUUCGUAUAAGCGCAGGUAUUGCAUCAAACUUUUUUCGGAGUAGCAGUCUUUCGGAACAACGGACCAUUGGCAUAAUAGACCUUCGAAAUAGCGGUUGAUUACAGAUCAAGGCUCCUUAGAAUUCAGAAUAGUACGUGGAUCCUUGGAAUAUAGGGCUGUCCCCGUUUUGUCAUUUGAAUGAACCAGAUGCUAGCAUUUGAUCCCUGAGGUGGAGAGUUGUAAAUACAUUAUCAACAAAAUGAAUUGAAAAAAAAUUUAUGCUAGAUAAUGGGAUGUUUGUAUUUUAUAGAUAUGUACGUUUGUAUUUUAUAUAAGCAAUGCUGUAGUGAUCAACAAAUUUAACAUACAUGUGGUUGAGUUCAAAUAGUCGUAAGGACAUUUUGAUGUAAAGUUGAGACAAUCUCCUCUGUAAAUAAGAACAGCAUGAGUUGGUAUUGAAUUAUGACAUUUGUAAUUGACAUGUCAUCAUUAGCAAUGGCGUCUUGGUCUGCAUUAUUACCCCCUGUAGCUUUCAGUUUGUUCCCACAUAUAGGUGGAAUUGCUGGUACCUUUUUCACACGCCCUACAUUGAAAAAUUGGUUCAAGGACUUAAAGAAGCCAGCAUGGACUCCACCUAACUGGGUAUUUGCACCUGUAUGGACCACACUUUACACAGGUAUGGGUUAUGCUUCCUACCUUGUCUAUCGUGAUGGCAAUGGUUUUAAAGGAGAUGCUGCUGGUGCUUUGGCAUUGUAUGGAACACAGCUGGCACUCAAUUGGGCAUGGACACCCAUUUUCUUUGGAGCUAGAAAGAUGGGACUGGGUGCGCUGGAGAUAGUAACAACAGCAGGAUGUGUAGCUGGAUGUAUUUAUAUGUUUUGGGGAAUCAAUAAGAAUGCCUCCUAUCUAAUGAUGCCUUACUUGGCAUGGCUGUGCUUGGCAUCCUCCAUCAAUAUUUGGGUUUGGAUGAACAAUAAACCAGCAGUCAAAAAUGAGUGAAAACUGCUUCUGUUUGUUAUUCUACAGUGUAGUUGAAGUGAACAAACUAUAUUGCCUCAAUUAGCUUGUAAGUGUUGAAAAUGAAAAUUGGUAUGGAUGGUAAAUGUAAAUAACAAUUGUGGUUUUAUUUACAUUAAACCAAAUCUUGUCCAUAAUUUGUUUGCAUGCAUCACCAUUCACAUCUUCAGUUGUCACCUCUCUCUCUUUCAAUUUCUUGUUUUAAUUUCUUUUUUGCAUUCCUUAGAUUCUUUUUUUAACUUUAGUUCAAGACUGCUUCUAUG